AUGGCAAAAGCAUUCACGGCGUAUCAAGCCUCGCUAGAGAGAGAAGGCAUCUACAUCGGCGGCUGGACAUUGCGAGGCGCCUUGAUUCCCCAGAAGAAGGAUGGCAAACACGACACUAGCGAGGACCGCAUCCAGAAUGCCAACGUGUUUACCCCGGAUUGGAGCCCGGAAGAAGAAAGAAAACUGGUCCGCAAACUCGACUUUCGUGUUCUAUUCCCGGCGUGCAUCAUCUACUUUCUGGCCUAUAUGGACCGCGCCAAUCUCGGAAAUGUGAAGAUCUUGGGCCUGGGGACCAGCUCCUCCAUCGAAGGAGCCCUGGGGAUGAAAGGCUCCGACUUCAGCUGGGCCGUUUCCAUCACCUACUUUGCUGUCACGGCGGGCCUCUUGCCUUCGAACAUCAUGAUGAAGAAGUUUUCGGCCAAGUACUUCUUCCCUGUUGUCAUGGUUCUCUGGGGCGUCGUCGUCAUGUCAAUGGCGGCCUGCAAGAAUCGAGCAGGACUUCUGGCAGCGCGCUUCUUUCUCGGCAUCCCUGAAUCCGGAGUGGUUCCAGCGUGUGUCAUGUAUUUCUCCAUGUGGUACAAACCUGCUGAGAGAGCGUUCCGCAUCGGCGUCUUUCACAGCGCCAACGCCCUGGCAUCUGCGGUGUCGGCAUUCAUAGCCGCAGGCAUUGGACACCUAAACGGUCGGGAUGGACUCGAUUCCUGGCAAUGGGUCUUCAUCAUUGAAGGAGCGUUGCCCAUCGCCAUGGCACCCGUCCUGUUUCUCCUCCUGCUGACCUUCCCGGAAACGUCCACGGCGCUGUCGGAGAGAGAGCGCUACAUCGCAAUCAACCGGUUCGGCAGAGGAUCCGCAAGAAAGACCGAUGUCAGUUGGAGUUGGCCUGCGUUCCGGCGCAUCUUCAAGCGGCCUUCCACCUACGUCUUCUUCAUCUCUUACGUGUCUCUGUGCAUGGUCGCCGUUGCUCAAGCCACCUACCUACCCACCAUUCUAAAGGUCUUCCUUGGAUAUUCGACGACAAAGUCCAACCUUUAUACCGCGGCCUGCAACCUGAGCAUCAUUCCCUUGUACUGGGUCUGGAGCACGCAUUCCGACUGGACUCGAGAGCGCAUGUGGCAUUAUCUUCUCCCGGUCGUCGCCUCUGUGCCAUGCUACGCGGUUUGGACCUAUACUUCGACGCACCCGGAAGCCCGAGGAGCUGCGAUCGAGACAACCGCCCUGUACGGGAUGGCGUAUCUGGGGCAAAUGGUACUGAUCUCGCAACCGAUCGUCCUCAGCUACCGCUCUUCAACUCUCUAUGGCGCCGCCGAGCAAGCUGUCGGUGUAGCCGCUGCCGUCGCGUCGCUGACAAUAGCGAGCAUUAUCGCCCCUCAAAUGUACCCUAAUCAAGAUGCCCCGCGGUACCUCGCAGGGUUCGUCGGCACUCUAGCGCUGUUGGUUGUGUGUAUCAUCUCAUACCUUACCCUGCCGCUCUGGCUGCUACGAGAAGCCAACAUCCGGAAGAAAAAGACAGGCCACGCCAUGCCGCUCCAGGCCAUUGAAGACGCCGAAAGGAGCAUGGUCACGGACGCUGCGCACGAGUUCAUCCAUCGGCUCAACGAGCAGGAGGAAAUGGAAAUGUUUGCCACCAAGGGCGUCGAGGCCGGGGCGGCCGAGGUCCAGCAUGUUGAGCAGCCCAAGUCGAUCUAG